GAACAAGAUAAAAUUGAAGAUUCUAAUUUACAUAGCAUGGAAAUUUCCGAACGCAUUCCUACAACUAUUGGCCAUUUUAAUAAUCAUCCACUGUAUGCUCUCGAGCGUCAUAUAAAGAAAUAUGAAAUUAUAUUCCCAAAAACACCAAUUAUCGGACAUAUCCGGGGUGAGCCAAUCUAUCCGCGGAAGAAUUUACAUACUGUUGAGACAUGGUUGAGAGAAGGUCGUCAAGUAAUGGAAGGGCAACAACCAGUCAAAUAUGUGAAAUCUCGCGUAUUUACCUUAUCGAAACGUCGAGCAGCAAGUAUGGCAGAGUUAUUUAAUCAGGAACCUCCAGAAUCAGGCCUUUACGGUGAAUGGCAAACUGAGGAGUAUAAAUCAGAACCAAUUAUCGAUGGAAAAGUUCCAAAAAAUCAGUUUGGAAAUGUCAAUAUGUUUAAGCCAAGCAUGUGUCCUGCUGGUGGUGUCCAUAUUCCCAGAAAAAUCGCAAAGAAGCUUCACAUUGAUUAUGGAGAUGCUGUGGUUGGUUUUGAUUUUCAAUCACGUCGAUGUUGUCCUGUUGUAAAGGGAAUUGUGGUUCCUGAGGAGCAUAGGGAAAUAUUGAUGGAGGCAUGGAGAGAGCAUUCAGAGCAUGUAGCAGCA